GAUGGAGGAAGCAGGAAGUCCGUCUGCCAAGAAGAAGAGCUCGAGCACAUAAACAAUACACAAAGAACACCGCAACAUUCAAAGAGAAACUUUUACCCAUUUAUCGCAAUGGCCGGCAUUAAAGCACUUGUUGGUUUGUCCUUCAGUGGUGCCAUUGGACUUACAUUUCUUCUCCUGGGAUGUGCACUGGAACAGUAUGGGGUAUACUGGCCGCUGUUUGUUCUGAUUUUCUACAUAUUAAGCCCCAUCCCAACCUUCAUAGCCAGACGCCUCAGUGACGACACUGAAUCCUCCAGUGCAUGCAGAGAGCUGGCCUACUUCCUAACAACUGGCAUUGUGGUAUCAGCUUUUGGGCUUCCCGUUGUGCUGGCCCGCACUAACACAAUCCAGUGGGGAGCCUGCGGUCUGGUGAUGACAGGAAACGCUGUCAUCUUCUUCACCAUCCUGGGUUUCUUUAUCGUGUUUGGAGGCGGGGAUGACUUCAGCUGGGAGCAGUGGUAGGGCGCUGUUUAACAGUGGAUAGAUGGAUGGAUGAAUAGGUGGGUAGGUGGAUAGUUGAAUGAAUAGACUGCAGACUGAGGGGCACAUGUGUCCUGCACUCAAUAGGGGAAGAUGCUCAUGUACAGUGUAGGCUGCAAAAUGUUGAAUUUACCAGACGUGAUUUCAGGCCGAUUUUUAUAUAUUUAAGGGUAUUAGCGUUGGAGACAACACUAUGCACCCUAUUAAUGUGCCUUAUGUCUGGGACCAGAGAGAUACACUGAUGCUUAUCCACCUUAACCCACGUAUUUUAGCUUGUCUCGCCUGUGUUUCAACCCCAGAUCACCCCGCUCCUUGCAGCUGCUUGUUAUUUCAUUACUCAGUUAAUCAAUAUCAUAAAGGGAUCCUAAAGAGUAACUCUAUUGUAAUAUACACUGCAAUGCACACUGCAUUAUCUGUCCUCACUGUUCAGCGGGGGAGUGGCUAUAGUGAAUCAUAGCUUGCUUAUUGUGAGCACUGUUUGCCAUGUAAAGUGUGAAGGCAGGGCAAGUUAUCAUAAUCCAUGCUAUCUGACAACUAGUUGUAGGAUUCCUAAUCAGGUAAAUAUAUAUUUGUACGGAGAUGAUGUGUGUUUCUUUUUCUCUCAUUUUGCUACAAGACUUUAAAGCAUUACUUUUUGUUCUGGUGCAAUUGUUUACGUUCUCACCAAAGAUCAUUUUAAAGUGCAAAAAUAGAGCAUAUUCACCUCUAAACUGUGGAUUUUGAUCCAUGCUAUGCAGCAAUAUGAUCCUCAAAAAGCAAGCUGAGGCAUUUGAGAAAGCACUGUUAAGUGAAGAUCAUACAUCUUACAUGUCUGUGUUCACUUACUGUGAACUGUCAAAAGAAAGCACCCAUAUCCAUUUGAUAUUCCUGCAGAUGACAAAGAUAUUCAUACUUUAAGCAUGAUGUUACUUUGGUAAUCAUUUGUUCACAUGCUGAAUGAUAAAUACAGGAGAUGUAUAUUUUUAGGCCAAGUGUUUUUAUCAUAAACAUAGACUGUGUAUAAUGAUGGACAAAGCAUUGUUACUUCCUCUCAAUUUACAAAAAUGAAUCCAAAAUAUCCCCGAUACAGCUGUUACAAUCAUGCACAGGUGACGUAAUUUGGAGCCAAAGUCUGCGCAGUGACAGUCUCUGCUGUAUCGAGUUCUCGCCGUCCAAUCAAUCACGAGCAGCACCAUCGUAGGCACUCACAGCUAUCGAUCAUGUCAUCAGUCUCCCUUUAUAUAGCAUUAAAUAACCCCAUACACUGAAACUUAUCACAAAAACAAACAGUUGAUCAUACAUCAGCAUGAUAAGAACUGCUUAAAAGACAGAUCUCGUUUUUGGGAAAACUUUAUGUGAAAUGUACUUUGAUUUAUUUAGUUUGUCCUAUGUCCCAUCUGCUAACAUGAAGCGUGCAGGCUUUAUGAGCUAUGCCAGUGUUUCCCACAGAAUUAGAUGUCUGUGUCUAUGUGUGGCAAUGAGGGGUUGGGGUCAGCAACUUCCCGUUAUUUUCAACUCGUCUGUGUGUGCCUCUUUUUUUUUUAACUCUGUGUCCACCUCUAAAUUCAGAUAUUUUUGUGGGUCAGUGAACGCAGCAUGGGUGGAACUCAUCCUGUUCUUUUUUCCCUCAUCAGCAGUUUGAGGAGUUUGAGUCAUGGGUUGGAUAAGUAAUCUGUCAGUCUGGUCAGAGCUGAUCAGAUCGAAGGAUGAGAGGGGCAUCUGCCUCUGACUUUUAGACCCUGUGCAAUUAGCAGUUAAGUUUUACUGUCCAUGCGCCUGACGUUCUGCUGUUCCUUCUGUGCCCAGAGUACACUUUGUGCUCCGAGAAUGCAAUCAGCAACUGAAAGGUAUUCAUAUUCCAGUAGCGCUGCUAAUGAAUGAUCCAGUUCCAAAAAUAGAAAAUCAAUACAUGGCAACAGAGGUUUAAAUAUUAAAUACAAUACAAAUAUUAAAUACAUGAAUGUGUGAGGAAACUCUGUAUACAGCAGCCAGCUACUAGUGAGCGAUUGCAAUGUUUUGGCUUGUCUUCUGGAGAGCUGUCAUGUUGUCCAUCUUUAUUAUACAGUCUGUGGUACCUGAAGAGGGCUUUACAUACAGACUCAUUCAUAAGUGCCUGUAAUUCACAGUGUAUAUUUUGAUGCAUAGAGAAAUCACUGUGAUUUGGUUUUUGAGUCAUGUUUUUGUGUUUCAUCAUCAGGGGCCAUUGAAAUCUGUCAUUUUAAAUCAAUAUUACAUCAUCAUGUUCUACUUCAUUAUUGUCAGUAAGUGAAUAUUAAUACUGAAGUUUGUAUGAUUAGCCCACUUCAUUGAGAGACUAUCACAGAAAAUUGGUGUCCUAUAUAAUUUCGGGUUUCCUCUUUCCCUAACUGCUUUUCAAGGGAAAUAUCAUACUGUACAUAUCACAACUGACAUGUUCAACAAAGAAAGCCUGUUCUUUCUAUUGUGACUCCCAUACCCACACUAACGAGCGCUGAAGAGCUCUCAGAGGUUAUUUUAUAAGCUCUUGACUGCAUUUUGUUUUCUAACAUUGAUUAAAACUCUCUGUAUAGUACAACAAA